CGUAGAAUUCUUAGGGAGAAGCUUUGGUGGCCGUACAUGGAUCAUGACGUUGUGGAUCGCAUUCAAAAAUGUAUUGGGUGUGCUGCAGUCAGAAUAGAUGGACCUCCUGAGCCUAUGCUUCGCAAGAGUAUGCCUGAUAGAGCGUGGCAAGAAGUAGCAAUAGAUUUUUUUUCAGCGAAAGAGUUUUCUACAUUUUUAGUACUAGUUGACUAUUACAGUCGGUUUUUGAAAGUCGUAGAAAUGAGAGGCACGAAUGCAAGCAAAACAAUUGAUGUUCUCGAAGACAUUUUUGCUGAGCAAACUUAUCCAGAGACCAUCCGAAGUGAUAAUGGGCCCCCGUUUAAUAGCGAAGCGUUUGCAAACUACUGUGUGGAAAAAAACAUCAGAUUAGUACGAACUAUUCCCUACUGGCCACAAAUGAACGGGCUAGUAGAACGUCAAAAUCAGGGCAUUUUACGAGCUUUGAGGAUUGCUAAGGCGACCAAUGAGGAUUGGCGAAAAGCUCUGAAAAAUUAUGUUUACAUGUUCAAUACUACGCCACAUUCGAUGACCGGAAAAGCUCCAUUAGAAUUGAUGACGGGACGACCGGUUAAGGACCUUUUGCCAUCGUUAAAAACAGAUCCUAACUUGUUUCGUGAUGAAGGAAUAAGAGAGCAAGACCUCAUUGAAAAAACGAAAGGUAAAAUAUACGCUGACAAACGCCGUCACGCGAAACUGUCCGAUAUUGAGGGCGGGGAUACAGUAAUGCUAAAAAACUACGCUAGCGGAAAAUUGGAAUCGCACUUUAAACUAGAAAAAUUCACAGUCGUUGAACGAAACGGAACAGACACGGUUGUACGCAAUGAUGAAGGAAUUACAUACCAUCGACCAGUUUCUCAUUUGCGGAAGUGGCCUUCUCAAUCAGACCAGGAAACAAUUUCGGAACAAGUAUCUAAAAAGAGAAUUCGAUCAGAUUCGAUUUCGGAUUCAUCUUCAUCUUCGGAAGCAGGGACAUCACAAACCGGUCAGUAUCGCCAACCUGGUCUUCACUCGGACGCAAUGGACCUUGAGGAUACCCUUGAUGAACCAAUCCAAACUUCAAGUCGGCCGAAACGCAAAACCAAACUGCCUUCAAGAUUUUCUUCAUAGGACUGACAUAAAAUUUUCUCAAUGAAGCAUGGACUACUGAUUUUUUUUUAGGUAGAAGAAGGAAUGUAGAAUUGGUCUUUAGUAAAUAAUAAUGAGAGUGCAAUUUGUGUAAUGUUUACUUAUAUAUUUGUGGAAUGAAUUAAGAGUGUAGCAGUUGCCGCGAAAGGCAGUUAGUUUUCGACCGUUGAACCAAGCGGACAAUAAAA